AUUUUGCCACAUACUGUCUUUGUUGUUGUAAUUUUGGGACAGGUAAACAAUGCGCUUGCGUCAGGCGCCCACUCCAUGUGCUUGGUUACCGAUGGGACAAACCAUUUAUGGUGUUACAUGACAGGCAAUAUUUGAAGAAUUCCUAACAUCUGUCCUGAGACCGCUUAAAAAAAAAAUUUUGUGAAAAAUGGAGGAUAUUUUUCACUGGUGCAGAGAAGGCAAUGCUUUCCAAGUACGAGUCUGGUUAGAUGACACUGAACAUGAUAUGAAUCAAGGUGAUGACCAUGGGUUUAGUCCAUUGCAUUGGGCUGCUAAAGAAGGACGAGCGAACAUAGUUGAAAUGUUAAUAAGUAGAGGAUCUAGAAUCAAUGCAACUAAUAUGGGUGAUGAUACUGCACUUCAUUUAGCUUCUGCACAUGGGCAUAGAGAUAUCGUUCAUAUGUUAUUGAGAAACAAAGCGGAUAUCAAUGCUGUGAAUGAACACGGAAAUACGCCUCUACAUUAUGCUUGCUUUUGGGGUUAUCAAGCCAUUGCCGAAGAUUUAAUAAACAAUGGAGCUCUUGUAGCUAUUUGUAACAAGUAUGGAGAAACUCCUCUAGACAAAUGCAAAGGCCAGAUGUCUCAAAAACUUCUAGAGCUUGCAAAUCAACUUGGUCAGGAUACUGGAAAAAUUCCUUACAAGGAUCAAAGUUGGUUAGGAUAUAAAACACGUUCUCGUGAUGGUACAUUAUCGCGGCAUUCAUUCAUAAAUUUGAAAGAAUUGAGCUUUAAUUACAAGAUAGCUGUAAAACCAUCUGGAGAGACAUGGCGAGGAAUGUGGCAACAAAAUGAUAUAGUAGCUAAAAUAUUGAAUGUUAGAGAAGUAAAGCCUAGGGUUGUUCGAGACUUCAAUGAUGAAUAUCCUCGUCUGCGUAUUUUUUCUCAUCCUAAUGUUUUGCCCGUUAUUGGCUGUUGUUGUCAACCUCCAACUCUCAUUGUGAUUAACCAAUAUAUGCCUUAUGGAUCUCUUUAUACCGUUCUUCAUGAAUCAACUGGUAUCGUCGUUGAUACAGCACAAGCUUUAAAGUUUGCAAUUGAUAUCUGUAAAGGAAUGGCGUAUCUGCACACACUAGAACCGUACAUCGAACGAUUGUAUUUGAGUAGCAAACAUGUCAUGAUUGAUGAUGAUUUGACUGCUAGGAUUAAUAUGGCUGAUGCAAAGUUUUCCUUUCAAGAGAAAGGGAAAAUGUAUGAUCCAGCAUGGAUGUCACCAGAAGCUUUACAAAAGAAACAAGAUGAAACUAAUGUUAAAGCCUCUGAUAUGUGGAGUUACGCAAUGAUUUUAUGGGAAUUAGCUACUCGUGAAGUACCUUUUGCUGAUUUGUCUCCGAUGCAAACUGGAAUGAAGAUUGCUCUGGAGGGAUUGCGAGUGACAAUUCCUCUCGGCAUCUCUCAACAUAUGUCUCGUCUCAUUCGUAUUUGUAUGAAUGAAGAUCCAGGAAAGAGACCCUCAUUCGAUAUGAUAUUACCUAUUCUUGACAAGAUGAAAGAGUAAUAACUUUAGAGAUCUGCUUAUACAUUUGUGUUCAUUUUAUAGAGUAAUUAGUUUUAACAAAAUCCACAGUAUUUGUUAGAAGAUUUAAUUUUUAUAUGUAUACACUUAUGAGCUUGCUUUUACUACUUAAAGAUGUGUGGUUGUUGUAAGUAAAAUUUUAACAAUUGUUGAAAUUAAGAUCUGUAAUAUUUUUUACAAGUUGAUUGUUUAACUAAUAUUUUUACAUUUGUUUUGUUAGUUUAAAAUUCUAAUAAAAACUAUUUUUAGA